ACAAUGAGAAAUCUAUCAUUUUAUAACAUAAACAUUUGAACCACUCAAAGUUUAGUGUAUUCGAAAUUAGAUCGCACUGGACUUUCGUAGCUUGUAGCUCUUUUGUGUAUAAAACUACACUGUAAAAUAGUAGAUUGAAAUAAUCGUAAAAUGGCUGAAUAUUCCAGACAAAUUAGAACACCAGAGGAUAAUUAUGAGUAUCUUGUUAAGAUAGCAGAGAAAAAGGUCAAAGGGCCAGUUUUGCACCUCUUUCUGAAGGCGAUCCUCGGAGGAUGGUUCGCUGGACUUGGUGGACAUGCUGCUUUUGUAUUAGCUGCAUCAUAUUAUAAAGAAAAUGGACUGCUGGGUACUCCAAAAGUAGCAUUUGGACUAGUCUUCACAUCGGCUCUCUUGGCAAUUAUAUUCACAGGAACAGACCUGUACACUGGGAAUACAAUGUCAUUUACAUUCACAUUAUAUAAGAAAAGAAUAGAUCCGGUUCAAUUCGGUUGUAAGAUAUUGGUUUCUUUGUUUGGGAACUAUGUAGGCGCUGUCUUAGCUGCGCUAAUUUUGAGCGGUGGUACUGGCUACUUUACUCCAGAGGUUGGCCCUGGAAAUCCGUACAUGAAGCUCAUUGCCAAAUACAAGACUCAACAAAGUUUUUGGCGUGUGAUAUGCUCUGGAAUAGGCUGUAAUUGCUUCGUGUGUUUAGCAGUAUGGUCUUCCUAUGUUGCGUUGGACGCUGCAGGAUCCAUUUUGGCAAUCGUUAUACUCAUCACUUCAUUCGCUGUAGGUGGUCUAGAGCACAUCAUCGCCAACUUUUAUACGCUUCAUGCCUGUUGGAUAUCACAGACAGGAAUAACAUUCGUAGAUGUGUACUUUAGAAACUUUCUGCCGACGUUUAUUGGUAAUACAAUUGCUGGAUCCUUAUUUCUAGGCCUGCCUUUAUCAAUUUUGUAUGGUGGUUCCCCGAAAGUGACAGAAGAUCCUGAAGAAGAACUUUUACCUGCAUAA